AUGUCUCCAGCGUCCCCAGUGUACUACGCUGACAUCAGCCGUCUGCCGGCCAUCAGCGAUCAGGACAUGAACGCCUACCUGGCGGAGCAGGCCAGGCUUCACUCCAACGAGUUCAACAUGCUCAGCGCGCUCAACGAGAUCUACUCCUACAUCAGCAAGUACAGCGAGGAGAUCACGGCGGCGCUGGAGCAGGACGAGCAGGCGAGGAAGCAGAAGUUGGCUUACAAGCUGGAGCAGCUGAUCGCCGCCAUGUCUCAGGAGAGCUGAGGACCCCCAACACACCCCACAUCCGCACUCAUAUUAUUUCCUCCUCACACGGACCCGCUCAGGGCCACAGACUGAGAAACAGAAACCCUGCAGCUGGAGGACCGUCAGCAGAGAACACGGCCCCUAUUUAUUUGAUUUUUCUCAAAGAAUAUUCCUGUGUGUGUGUGUG